AUGGGAGAUUCUAUAGGUGACCCCAUGAACUCCUUGAAAGUGAGGUAUGAAGGCACCCAUGCCCAUGGUGACAUCAUUAUUGUGAUCGAGGCUAGAGCAUCUUUGGAGACUAGGCGACCUUCACUGAUGGCGGCGCCAAGAGAAGGAAAUGGGGUGCUCUUUACGGGCCCAAAUACAUUGCCCUU